AUGCCUCUACUUAAAUUGCCCUGCAAUGAUUCCUGCCUGAACCUAUGCGGAUCCUGCCAUGGAAUUCUUUGCUUUGUGAAUAUAUUUCGCUUAGUGAUUUGUUUGUGUAAUCCCGUUACUCACGAAUGUUUCAAGCUUCCGAAUUCAAGGACCCAAACCUCGGCUCUUGUUAGAGGUUUUCAUCUGGUUGAGUUGGGAUUUGGUUAUGAUCCAUCUACUAAGGAUUACAAGAUCAUCACGAUUUUGGAGGCUGGGGAUAGUGCCAGGUACGACAGGGUUGAAGUUGAUAAUUCCAUACUUGUAGUAGAAGUUUACAAGCUCAGUACCAAGUGCUGGAGUAGGGUUGAGCACAAUGGUGAGUUAGAAUUUCUGCAUUCGGUUAAGAGUGUUGGUUCUGGAGUAGUUUUCAACGGAAUCCUUUACUGGUGGAUGGAAAGUCGCGCUGAGCCUAAUGAUAAGCGAGUUUGUCACGCCAUUGUCACGUUUGAUUUCCAUUCUGAAAGAUUUGGAAGAAUGGAAUGUCUGCAGAAUCUAAGCAGCAAGGACUCGAUACUUACAGUCAUUGGAGGCGGUUCGCUUGCAUUUGUUAGAAGAAACUCGAACAUGGAAAGUGGCGACACGUUUGACGUGUGGGUGGUGUAUGACACCAACCAUCAGGAGGAGGAUCAGGAGUCUUCUUGUUGGACAAAGAAAUGCAGCGUCGCGCCUUCUUCUGUCGGACCUUAUUUGCGACAGCUGACUUGUUGGAAUCAUGACGAGCUUCUCCUAGUUAAUCUUGGUCCAAAUGUGGUUAAUCACGUUAUCUACGACGAUGAUGAAGAUUAUAUACAAGAACAAGUUCAAGAGUUGGCCUCUUGCAGGCUCUUGCAGGAGGAUGGUUCUUCUUUAGAAGAACAACAUUAUAAGGCGGUUGACAUUGGUCGCGACCUUGUCAAAUCUAGUAUCUUUGCAAGAGCUCUCAGGUUUUACCCAAGUUUGGUUCCUAUCAGCGCAAGAGGAAAUUAA